AUGGCAGAAGCAAACAGCGGGCAGGACCUGGCCAAGACGAUGAAAGCCCUUGUCCUCAAGACAACAUCGGAGCCACCGACCAUCCAGACCGUUGAGACUCCUCAACCAACACUGGGAAGUGCUGUGGUUCGCGUGUUGCAGAUCAAGGUCAUCAGCUAUACGCGUGAGGUUAUGAACGGCAAGCGUAACUACCAAUUUCCCAUGCCACUUAUCCCAGGCUUCUCAGCCAUCGGUCGAGUUGCAGCUGUUGGAGCAGAUGCGACGAUGGUCAAGCCUGGCGACUUGGUGUACGUGGACUGUACCACCCGGUCCCGAGACAAUCCCUCCGACGUCUUUCUUGCUGGGGUUGCCGAUGGAUAUACUGCAGGCUCGAAGAGGCUCAUGAAGGACGUCUGGCGGAACUGGACUUACGCUGAAUACUGCAGAGCUCCGUUGGAGAAUCUCGCAGUUCUUGACGAGCGACGCUUGUUAGGCCGUCCUGGCGAAGGAGGGCUGGGCUAUUCAAUCGACGACUUGUCCUUCAUAUCGACACUCUUGGUUCCAUAUGGAGGCUUGAGGGACAUCGAACUGCAGGCUGGACAAACCAUUAUCGUGGCUCCUGCUACUGGCCCCUUUGGAGGCGCUGCAGUUCUCGUGGCAUUAGCAAUGGGUGCGAGAGUCAUCGCGAUGGGCCGCAACGCUUCGUCUCUUGCCAAACUCAAAGCAACCGUCCCUACGCCCGGACUCGUCGAGACUGUGCAAAUCACAGGCGACAUCAAAGCUGAAACCGAAGCCCUCGCAAAAUUCGGCCAAGCUGACUCAUUCUUCGACAUUGGACCUCCUGAAGCCUACCAGAGCAGCCAUCUCAAGUCAGCAAUCCUUUCUCUGCGGCAUGGAGCUCGUAUCAGCCUGAUGGGUGGCUAUCGUGAGGACGUGGCCAUUCCUCAUGUGGUCAUCAUGCAUAAGAAUAUGCAGUUGCGUGGAAAGUGGAUGUAUGAGAGGAGUGAUAUUGCGGAUCUGAUCAAGUUGGUUGAGCAUGGCAUAUUGAAGGUUGGUGAGGCGGCUGGUUCUCACACGUAUGGCCACUUUUCCCUCGAGCAGUACAAGGAGGCUUGGGACCUUGCUGCUGAGCACACUGGUUUGGGGGAUCAGAUCCUGGUACAGCCAUAA